UUGUUUACCUCUGGUAAUCAACAAAAGCAUAGAGAUACGUUUUCAACUCUAGAGAUUUUCUUAGUUGUUUUAUAUAAGUUGAACCACCUGUAUUCAAUUGUAAAAAACGAGAUAUAAGAAUCUCCUGCAUAAAGCAGCCUUGUGAAAAAGUGUGAAAUGGCGAACGUACGGGACAGUGAUACUUCCCUCUGGCUCCAUAAUAAACUCGGAACAUCGAACGACUCUUGGACGGGCGGUUCAAUAUGUUCCCAAUUAAAUACAGAAGUUCUACGGAACAUAAAAUACUGCUUUCCAGAACUGCAAACUCAAGUGAAGCUUAAGCUUCUGCUCUCUUUCUUUCACAUCCCUCGCAAAAACAUUCCUUCCUUAUGCCCUGAACUGGAUGAAAUCUUGGAUUGUGCCCUGACGGACCCUGAACAGUGGGUAUCUAUGCUCGCAGAAUUGAUGAAAUCCUUCCCAUCGAGCGGCAGCCUGAACACAGAAAUGACCGAGAUGGAAGAUAAUAGAAGGAUUUUUAUGGACUUAGUCACCGACUUGCAAGAGCUGGUUAAAAAACAAACAGACACUGGAAUGUUGCCUUUAGAAUGUCAUUAUCUGAACAAGAAUGUACUACACAGCUACAUUGGAAACCUGCCGCCCCUUACGAAACAUUUCCAGCAAAGGCGUAAACCCAAAUAUUUGAGUUUGCGGAUGGAACUGCUGCAGAAAUCAUCAGAUGCUGCAUCAAAUGUUAAGAAAACUACUGCUGUUACUAUUCCGCUUAGAUCAAGAGGCAUGCCUAGGAAACUAACUGAUACAACGCCUUUGAAAGGAAUCCCCAGCCGAAUGCCAUCCAGUGGUUUCAGAACGCCAGGAACUGCGACAGCUUCAAGACCAGGAAUCGUCAGACCUCCAGCAGGCAGAAAGGAUGGUGGGAUCAAGUUUUUGGAGAUCACAGAACAACCGCUUGGCUUUGUUGCGGCCAAAAAGAGGAAGAGGCAGCAAGAGUUGGAAGAAGCAAACAAAAAAGUUGCAGCUGCAGAAGCAGAGAAGGCAGCGAGCGCAACUCCAGACUAUGCUGCUGGUUUGGUGCCAUCAAAUCCGGCAACACCUGCACCCGUCACUGCACCAGCCACACCUGCCCCUGCUGCUGCUGCUGCUGCCGCUGCCGCCGCCGCCACUCCUGUCCCGAGCACUCCAGUGGCUCCGGCUACAGCGCUGCCACCAGCAGAGAGCCUGGUGUUGGCAAGUCCGGCUACGCCGAAGGCUUCCGGCAACUUCGUCAUCUCGACGCCAGUGUCCGUGCUUAGCCGGCAGGCGCUGGUCCUCACGCCCGCGGCGCCAUCCACGCCGGUGUCAACAAAGACGGCCGUGGCGCGCGUAACCACCACUGUGGCCGUCACGCCCACUACUCACGUGAUCCAGGUGACCCAGCCGGCCGCCGUGCAGCAGGUGGCUACUGUGCGACCUGUCGUCGUCGCACCACAGCCAGCCGCCGCCACUGCCGCCACUGCUGCUACUGCUGCUGCUUCUACCGUUGUUACUGUCCAGCCAACGCCAGUCGCAACCAAGGUGGUCACCGCUCCAGUGACCGCCGUCACCAUUCCUGCCAAGAAGGGUCUUUCUCUCACGAGGGAGCAAAUGCUGGAAGCCCAAAGUAUGUUCAAGACUGCAAACAAAAUCACCAGAGCAGAAAAGGCACUCAUCCUUGGUUUCAUGGCUGGUUCAAGAGACAAUCCCUGCCCUCAUUUGGGAAGUAUCAUCACAAUCAAGCUUAGUGAAAACCAGGAGGAAGUUCUGCAGAACGAUACCUAUGUUACAAUGGUGGCCGAGACGCACUUCCAGAUGAAUUAUAACACGGGCGAAUGGAAGAGAAUGAAAAAAUUCCGCAAGCUGGAUGAAAUUCCAAACACUCAAAUUGUAGUUACGCAACCACCAACCGCCUCAGCGCAAGUGCCUGUGUAAAAUUUGCAGUGACAAUUGCGCGUUAGUUGAUUUUAUCAGCGCUCUGUGCGUAAAAGAGAGAGUACUUGAAUCAUUAUUACGACAAUAUAGAGUAGAAUCGCCUUCUUCUAAGUGUAUGUGUUCACUUCUGUAGAAAUGACAAAUUUUAUUUUCGCUUCAGUUUUUGCAUAAUUGUAAAAUGAUUGUGACUAACUUGUUUGAAAUCUGAAAGUUGUAAGUGGGAAUAUUUUCUGUUAUGUUCUAGCUGGAUCUAUUAAAUUGAAAUCGCGGAAUAAUUACAAA